UACAGAUCGUUCUCUGCCAACAGCUUACAAAAAUCUCGGCGAUCGCAUUAACCGAACGUCACUGAAGCUGCUUCUUGCAUUUCAAUUCGAUUUUACACGAUGCGCGAUUUUUCACGAGUUAGAAAAAUCCCCGCGAUCGCGUAAAGACGACCCGUUCGACGAGAGAUUCCACGCAAUAUAUUUUAAUUCGAAUUUCUAUAAGCUCCAUAGCUGUUUACGUGCACAAUGUAAAUAAUCUGUAAAGUGACCUCUCUGAGAUUCUCGCGAAUACGAGCCGAGUUCCUACAGCGGCACAGUGUGUUCUCGGGGCUCGUGAUUGGAACGUGGCGUGCGGCACUGCGUAAAGAAAAUGCGCGGAUUUAAUAGAACGGACGUUUCGAUUCAACAAAAAUUCUGUGCGCAAUAAGAGACGGAAGCGGGCGAGUUGCGGAUCUAGUGGCGAUAAUGUCGAACGACACGAGCGACGAUGAAACCGGCCUGCAACCGCCACGGGUGUUCGUCAGCACGACAUCUCACAGCCGCAGUAAUUCUUGUACACUUUUGCGCAGCCCGAUCAGUCCCUCCUCCUCCGUUUCGAGCUCCGUGGUAUUUGGACAAAUCCCCGAGGAGGUGCUCCGCGCCUGGGGUCAGCUGCCGGAGGCGAUCCGCUUGGAUCCGAGUUUGGCGGUCUUUCAAAGGGAGUACGAUCGAAUAGCGGAAACGAGGUCUCUCGACAAUGUAAGAAGAGACUGCCUAGUUGUGAAUAUGUCUCUCGGAACACAGCCCGUGGUACCAAGCAGCACGCAAAAUCAGACCAACGUCGACGAAGACGGGCAGGAUGUGCAAACGCAGGAGAAACAGAGGCCGUUUUGCCGCUACAUGAAGUUAAUCGUGCUCUCCUGCUGUUGGCUACUAUUCACAACGAUACUGAUGUUUAAGAACGAGAGGGCCGAGACGAUGCACCAGGUGUCUGUGUCCAGCAGAGAAAGCAAGAAUUACCAGAUCAACGAGCGCGUUACCAGCAAGUUGAUCAGCGUGACGAUGGAAGGACCGUUGCUGCCGUUGGUCAAAAACAAGGAGUAUUUACCUGCGAAUUUAUCCACGCACUAUUUAAUGGUAUGGCUGCAGCUUCUGGCGGACGGGGAAACCACUUCGUGGCUCUCCUCUACCGAACUGGACAACUUGAAGCUGCAGAACGUAAGUGACGUGUGGAUCUUGCCGGUGCUGCCUGACAAUUUGAUGAACCUCUUCCCCGAUCAGAGGCGCCAGAGGACUUUCCAAGUAAACGCCGACAGCGAGACCCUGUCGCACAGCAUAAUGUUCAUCAAGCUGCGCACGAGUUCCAAGUCCAGCCUCUCCUUUUCGAUAGCUUACGAUCUGUCGUCGAUAAACGCCGACACCGGCAUACCGUACGCCGCUUUCAUCCUGAUCGGCCUGUACAUCCUCAUCAUUUUCGAGGUCGUGCACAGAGCUCUGGCUGCCAUGCUGGCGUCCACGAUGUCCAUCGCGAUGCUGGCGGCUCUAAACGAGCGGCCGACCAUGGACGAGCUGAUCUCUUGGAUAGACAUCGACACGCUGCUGCUACUGUUCUCCAUGAUGGUGCUGGUCGCCAUCAUCGCCGAAACCGGGGUGUUCGACUGGCUGGCGGUCUACGCUUACAAAAUCACCGCCGGGAGAUUGUGGCCGUUGAUAAUGGCCCUCUGUUUCUUCACCGCGUUCCUGUCGUCGCUGCUGGACAACGUAACGACGGUGCUGCUGAUGACCCCGGUAACCAUUAGGUUGUGCGAAGUGAUGGAGCUGAACCCCGUGCCGAUCUUGACCGCUAUGGUGGUUUAUUCCAACAUCGGGGGCGCCAUGACGCCGGUCGGCGACCCACCGAACGUCAUCAUCGCCUCCAAUCGGGACGUUAAGAACGCGGAGGUAGACUUUGGCACGUUCUCGUUGCACAUGAGCAUCGGCGUGAUACUGGUGUUGAUCGUGGUCAGCGCGCAAGUCCGCUACAUCUUUCGAGACGUCACGGUCCUCAGAUUCGACGAGCCGCAGGACGUGCAGGAAUUGAGGCACACGAUCGCUAUUUGGCAACGAGCGGCGGCCAGCCUGUCCACUUACAGCAAGGACGAGAAUCUGGUGAGGGAGACGUUGCUGAAGAAAGUGCAGCGUUUGUUGUCGCAGCUAAAGAAGAAGCUGAUCACGGGGAGCGCGGCGCUAGAGAAGUACAAGACCACGCUCGAGGAGUUACAAGAAAAGUUUGCCUCAUUUAAACCUGUCUCUGGGCUGGAUCGCCCUGGUCGGCGUUCUGCUGCUUCUGAUACUGGCCGACAGCGAGGACUUCGACGGCCUCAUGGCGCGCGUCGAGUGGAGCACCUUGUUGUUCUUCGCGUCGCUGUUCAUUCUCAUGGAGGCACUCUCGCGUUUGGGCCUCAUCUCGUGGAUCGGCAAGAAAACCGAGGAUUUCAUUCUGUCGGUCAACGAGGAGUCGCGAUUAGCGGUUGCUAUUUUGCUGCUGCUCUGGGUGUCGGCCUUCGCCAGCUGCUUCGUCGACAACGUGCCGCUCGCCACCAUGAUGGUGAGGAUCGCGUCGAAUCUCGCCCACAACCGCGAGCUCGGUCUGCCCAUGCAGCCCCUGGUGUGGGCGCUGACGUUCGGCGCCUGUAUGGGAGGAAAUGGAACUUUGAUUGGAGCUACUGCCAACGUUGUUUGCAUGGGUGUCGCGGAACAGCACGGCUACAGAUUCAGUUUCAUGCAGUUCUUCAAGGUAGGAUUUCCCAUCAUGCUAACGAGCACCAUAACGAUUAUGGUGUAUCUGAUGAUUGCCCACGUCGUCAUCGGCUGGAACGGAAAGUGAAUAAAGAGAACGUGUGGAUGAGGGAUCUGUUUUAUGUACAAGGAACAAUGGUACUUGUACUCGUCAAUAAUGUUUGUUAUGUAAUUUUUUGAAGAGCGGGAUAUCCAUUACGCAACAUUGCCGAGCGUAGUUCUGUAAAAAGUGUUAUAUAAGAGGGAACAUGAAUCGAUGUGGACAAAGUUGUUGUUUUACACCGUCAAUAUUUCUACACACAUUUGCAACUGCAAGGGAAAGAAAUUUGUAUAAUAAAAUCUUUGUAACACGGCCGAAAAGUUUGCAUACAAUUACGUGGCAAAUAUGCAGCGGAGAGGGAGAGAGAGAGAGGGGGGGGGGGAGGAAGAGAUUGCUGAACAAGAAUUUCAGUUCACAGGAAAACAGCUGUUUCAGACUCGAACAGUUUCGCUGUAAAAUUACGUAAAAUUAAUCGAGUCAUAAUAAUGUAUUACAAUUGUGAGUCUCGCUUGCAAUGAAUAUCGUUUCCACCGCAUCUUUUCAGUUGCUCGCCUUUAACGACAAAAUAUAAUGAUGAUAUAAAUGCAAAAGUUUACAAUUGGCGGGUCGUAAUUGCAAAAAGGUUUAAUGAUCACAUAAAAUACACAUACAUGCUAGACAAUUCGUUGAAAUAUUUUUAUUAAAAAUGAGGCUCUCUGGGAGAAGAGAAAAAGAUCUCAAUUCCAAAGAUUGCUGCCUGGCGGAUUUCGACAAAAAGAAAUCAAAUAACUUAUCGCAAGCUUAUAUUCGUAUACUCCUAAUUAUACAUGACUAAUUCAGCGUAAUACAGUCGCAUUCGAGUGAAACUGAAACGUCAAAAACUUAUUUCUUACAAAAAAACAAUAUUCUACUAAUUGACAGUAAAUUAUCGCGUGAUGUAUCGUUAACACGAAAUUUGUUAAAACUUAUUAAAAUAUAAGCGAGGGCAUUACGAGUUUGCCAGACGCGUUUGCGUUCGGCAAACGACACCUGGAAACUGCGCGUGCACAAUGUACGAAACAAAAAUUUCGUACAAACGGUAAAAAAGGUUGCGUUUGCUGCAAAAAUAUUGUCGUAUUUACAAUGAAUAUAACACACUAGUAAUGUCAUGUUAAAACCGAUGUUUACGCUUUACUGCAAUCCUGUUAUCUGUAAGUACUACAAUUUCUGAUGCGUCAAAUUUCUCUUCCAUUUGAGUAGAACUUUAUUCUCACACGUGCACGGCAGAAAAAGCGACGUACUUUUAUAUAAAUCGUACGUUUUGGAAUUCGAAGCUUCGGUAAUCUGCAAAAGUAAAAUCUACAAAUGAACGGUUUGCAAUUCCGAUUAAAAUCAUUUAGGCAUUACUCAGAAUGUUAUCUGCAAGAAUCGCCGGAACAUUCCUUGAAAAAUUAACACGUGAAAUGAGUAGUCCCACAGGCAUAACGAAGGAAAUCGUCAGUUCGAGGAAAAACUUGUCUUAAACAUGACUGGUCAAUUUUCACUACACAGUUACAGAGAUUAUAUUUGUAUGAGUCUGAUUUUAUGCGAUUAUACAAUGUUUUCGUCAAGUCAUGCCUACG